AUGGAUCUUGUCGACGUUUUUGCACUAAUAUUUAACUUGAUUUCUACACUUAUCGGUUACAUAAUCCAUUAUAUGUAUCUUGAUAAGCUUCCAAGAUGGGUGAUAUCACUGAAAUUUUUCGACGGCGACUCCUAUUGGUAUUAUUUCAAGUUUGAUCGCAAAUUUAAGCUAAUACAAUAUCUCAGGACUCAAUGUCCAACAUGGGAAGAACCUCAGAAAGCGCUAGGACGUACAUUUGAAAUUAAAGACAUUAAUUCACUUAAGCUUGAAGAUUUUCGAUAUUUGAACAAAUUUGUUAAACUAAAUGAUGAUGACGAUCUUACAUUUAUUGGGCAAUGCAUUAUCAAGCAAUUCAUUCAUGAUGUAGACAAGCGAUGCGGUCUAAUCACUCAAUCAGAUGUCGUAAUAUAUGGAUAUUUGUUUGGGGGUAUCAUACACAGAUACGCAAAACUUCAUAAUGCAGGUGAGAACGUGAUUAAAUAUAUCGAAACGUUUGCAAAAUGUUUCCGUAAUAAAGAUGAAAAAAUUUUUGCUCGCAAUUUUGACGAGUCAGGUAUUUACUUCAACUACAGAGAUGGCACUUAUAGCAAAAUGCCAUGUCGGCCAGAUUUUCCACCAUUGAAAAUUAUUAAUGAAGAUCCUGAGUUUAAAUAA